AUGAGUCUUUUUGUCUAUCUCAAACCUAAUACACCCAAAACUGAAUUCCUGAUCUUCUUCCCUAAGCCUGUUCCUCUUACUGUCUGCCCCGUCUCAGCUGUGGACAAUUUGAUACUUCCAGUGGCUCAGGCCAAAAUCCUUGGUAUCACCCUGACUUCUUUCUCUCUCUUAUACUCCACUUGUAAUUCAUCAGACCCUACUGCCUUAACGUGCAAGUACAUCUGGAAUAACUACCUCUACCACUCCCACCCUGGUCCAAGCCAACAUCGCCCUCAUCUAGACUACUGCAAUAACUUCCUAACUGGUCACCCUGAUUAG